CCGAAACGAGGAUACCCAUUGUUAGCUACGUGAUUGACCCAGUUUUGAUACACUGCAAUGUGUUAGCGUGCUCUGGCCUCGUUCUCGUUCUGUGUGGUAUGUUGUAAGAGCCGUGUAAGGAACAGGAAAUAAACAGACUAUACUUUUGAUACAAAAUGGCUCAAGGAGGAGAUGAUUUUAAAACAUCUAUGCAGAAUAUUAAAGUCUGUGCAGAAGGUUUAAGAAAAGAAGCAAUUUUUAAAGCAAAUUACUCACGUAUAGACAAUGUGGAAGAAAAAUUUCAGAAUUAUUUAGAAGAGGUCACGGCAAAAUCCAUUUUCAAUGAAAUGUAUUUCUGUCGCAUCCGAAUGAAAUUUUAUGGAGACAAAAUGAUGUUUUUCUAUUUGGAGGUUUCAGAAAAUGGACAAGAGAAAGCCAUUUGGCCAGUAAAGAUUACAUGGAAGGUUGAAAUUAUUGACGAGAACAAUGCCGAGAACACAAAAAAAGUUUUAGUUCUAGGAGAAUUAUCUUCUCUUUAUAACAAACCCAAAGAAGGUUUAGCAUCACAUUCAAACGAUUGGAUCUCUGUCAGUCUAGAGAAAAUUAUAUCGUCUGGGUUAAUUUCGGAGAAUUCUGUGACUGUUAAAUGGUCAGCUCUUGUAGAGCCCAUUUUAAUGGAUAACUUUCUGUACAGAUUUGAGAAGCUGGUUAAAAGUGCCGAGGAUAAAAUUGAUUUUUUCCAUAAACAUCUUCAAGAAGUGAAACAUGACGUGUCGUGGGCCUCGUCUUCAACUACAGAUCACGAAUGUGGAGUCUCAAAGAUAAAUAGUGAGUUACCAGAUGUGAAUCAGAAGUUGGAUGAACUUUUGGAAAGGUUGAAGCUUAUGGACAGUUAUUUAAAGUCUUUUUCUAACAACAACGGAUUAAUCUCCAGUCUCAAUACCACCUAGAUGUUUGAUGCAGAAACUCAAAAAUGUUGUUGUUUUUUUAGACAUAUAUAAAUACAGUAGACGCAUGUUAUUAUUUUAAUUUUAUGAUGCUAUUCACAUCUAUACCAUUCAACAGAAAACUUAAACUAUUACUGGUCGUGUAAGACAGACUCAUUAAGAAGUUUGAAAAGGCUUGUUGGCUUAACAAUGACUUUGAUUUUUCAAUGGUCCACAGUCUAAGGACUUUGUUUUUGGAUGCAACAAUGGAAAACUACAGUUUUUAAUUUGGAUGUUCAUUAAUGACUUCAGCUCUGCCAGGCAAUCCAUGCUGUAAUAACACUAGGGAAGAAGGCGCAUUCUUACAAACUUGUCCUAGCAUAUGGAAUAAGAAAUGUGUCUUUAUCUCUUUGUCUUUCUUAGUAUUUUAUUAGGUUUUAUUUUUUAUUAGUAAAUUUUGGUUCCAUAAGCCACCACGCGCGCAACAUAUUAAUGACAUUGCUAAUACAAUUUUUUUAAAUGGUGUUAACCUUCUUUUUUUAAUCGCACAGAAAUAAAGAUGUGGCUAAAGUA